AUGAACCUUUCCAUCGAUACCCUUAGAGAAGCCAGUCAGGUUAUGGGCCAUAUGCCCAAAUUGAUGGUUGCGAACAGAGGAGAAAUAGCUAUUCGCGUCUUUAGAACCGCCCAUGAAUUGUCCAUGCGAACAGUCGCAAUAUUUUCACAUGAGGAUCGACUUUCGAUGCAUCGAUACAAGGCUGAUGAGGCAUAUCAAAUCGGAGAACCGGGACAGUUUACUCCUGUUGGUGCUUAUUUGGCUCAAGAUGAAAUCAUAAGAAUAGCAAAAUUACGCGGUAUUUCAAUGAUCCAUCCUGGGUAUGGAUUUUUGAGCGAGAAUGCUGAAUUCGCGAGAAAGGUGGAAGAAGCUGGCAUCACUUUUAUAGGGCCAUCACCAGAUGUGAUUGAAAAAAUGGGUGAUAAAACUAAAGCUAGGAAAAUAGCGAUUGAAUGUGGAGUACCGGUUGUACCAGGAACACCAGGACCCAUUUCAAGUAUUGACGAAGCAAAAGAAUUUGUAAACGAACAUGGUUUUCCAAUCAUUAUUAAAGCGGCAAUGGGUGGUGGAGGACGUGGUAUGCGAGUCGUUAGGUCAAUCGAUGAUCUUGCCGAUGCGUUUAAACUCGCUCAAUCGGAAGCAAAGUCAGCAUUUGGGGAUGGAACAGUUUUCUUGGAACGGUUUCUCGAUAAACCACGACAUAUCGAAGUGCAACUUUUGGCUGAUAAGGAGGGAAACGUGGUUCAUUUAUUUGAGAGAGAUUGUUCCGUGCAGAGAAGGCAUCAAAAGGUUGUUGAAGUUGCACCCGCUAUGAAUCUGCCAACCGAAGUCAGGGACCAGAUUCUGGCCGAUGCCAUAAAACUUGCGACUGCGAUCAAGUAUCGAAAUGCAGGGACAGCCGAAUUCUUGGUAGAUCAACAGAAUAGGUAUUAUUUCAUCGAAGUCAAUCCUCGUAUUCAGGUCGAGCACACUAUUACGGAGGAAAUAACUGGUAUCGACAUAGUUUCCGCUCAAAUUCAGAUAGCAGCGGGCGCUCUUUUGACUACGCUUAAUCUAGUCCAAGACCGCAUCCAAACACGAGGUUACGCCAUUCAAUGCCGAGUGACAACGGAAAACCCCGCCGACAAUUUCAAACCUGCAACUGGAAAAAUAGAAGUUUAUCGAUCCGCCGGUGGUAAUGGUGUCAGAUUGGAUGGCGGAGCAGGAUAUGCCGGUGCAGUGAUUACUCCGCACUACGACUCGCUUCUCGUGAAAGUGACUUGCUGGGGCAUGCAAUACGAAAUAACAACUAGGAAGAUAGUGAGAGCUUUGGUAGAGUUUAGAAUACGUGGUUUGCAGACCAAUAUUCCCUUUUUGCAGCGAUUGCUGACACACGAGGCGUUCAAAUCGGGCAACACGUGGACUACGUUUAUUGACGAUACGCCAGAAUUGUUUAAAUUGGUCGAAAGCAAGAAUCGGGCACAGAAAGUAUUGAAAUAUUUGGGUGACUUGGUUGUCAAUGGAAGUAGUAUCAAAGGACAAGUGGGUGAGCCAGCGUUCAAGCAAAAGAUAGAGCUUCCGUCAAUACGAUCAUUGGCGGGUCCAGAACCGGUCGAUGUUUAUCAGCCUCCUCAAUAUGGAUGGCGACAUAUACUUGUUACAGAUGGUCCAGAAGCAUUCGCCAAAGCAGUCAGAGAAUACAAUGGUGUCUUGGUUAUGGAUACUACAUGGCGUGAUGCUCAUCAGAGUUUGUUGGCAACCAGAGUCAGAACUGCUGAUCUUUUGAAUAUUGCUCCGCACACAGCCCAUGCUCUUGCCAAUGCGUACUCUUUAGAAAUGUGGGGUGGUGCUACGUUUGAUGUUUCUAUGCGAUUUUUAUAUGAAGAUCCAUGGGACAGACUCGCUAAACUUCGUGCACUAGUUCCAAACAUUCCCUUCCAAAUGCUUCUUCGAGGCGCAAAUGCCGUUGGCUACACAUCGUACCCAGACAACGUCGUCUAUGAAUUUUGCAAAAAAGCCAAAGAAACCGGAAUGGAUAUUUUCCGUAUAUUCGACUCUCUCAAUUACAUCGAAAAUCUCCGUCUGGGUAUAGAUGCGGUCAAGAAAGCUGGUGGAGUAGUUGAAGCAGCGAUAUGUUAUUCCGGUGACGUGUCAAAUCCGAACAAGACGAAAUACAAUUUGGAUUACUAUCUGAAACUUACCGAACAGCUGGUCAAUGAGGGCAUACACGUGUUGGCUAUCAAGGAUAUGGCUGGAUUAUUGAAACCUAACGCUGCAACGAUUUUGAUUGGAGCUAUUAGAAAGAAAUGGCCAAAUUUGCCUAUUCAUGUGCAUACGCACGAUACUGCCGGAACCGGUGUCGCAAGCAUGUUGGCAGCAGCAGCGGCCGGAGCUGAUAUCAUUGAUCUGGCAAUUGACAGUAUGUCGGGCGUAACUUCUCAGCCAUCCAUGGGAGCAGUAGUCUCGGCAUUAGAACAUUCCGAUUUAGGCACUGGCAUUCGCCUAGAGGAUGUACAUGCCAUCAACAGCUACUGGGAACAAUGUCGCUUGGUUUACAGCUGCUUCGAGUCGGGAGUUCAUGCCGGCGAUUCAUCUGUUUACGUGCACGAAAUGCCGGGCGGGCAAUACACAAAUCUCAUGUUCCAAUCGCAACAGUUGGGAUUGGGUACGCGAUGGAAAGAGAUUAAAAAGGCGUAUACCGAGGCGAAUAAACUGUGUGGAGAUAUUAUUAAAGUCACUCCGAGUUCAAAGGUUGUUGGAGACUUGGCUCAAUUUAUGGUGUCUAAUAAGCUCAGUUAUAACGACGUGAUCGAGCGGGCACAGACGCUUUCUUUCCCUACAUCGGUUGUAGAUUUCUUCCAAGGAUAUCUCGGUCAACCAUAUGGCGGAUUUCCAGAACCUCUUCGUUCUCAUAUCGUUAAAGACCUCUCGCGUGUCGAUGGCCGCCCAGGAGCUACUCUCCCUGCCUUUGAUUUCGAAGCCAAGAAACAAGAACUGAUCGACAAAUAUAAACGCAGUAUUCGCGACGUUGACGUAUGCUCGGCUGCGCUGUACCCCGAGGUAUUCAAAGCAUACCGCGAUUUCGUCGAGACGUAUGGUGACGUAUCCGUCAUUCCCACUCGAUAUUUCCUAGCCAAGCCUGAUAUCGGAGAAGAGUUUAGCAUAGCCUUGGAAGAGGGUGUGACUUUGAUUAUAAAGUACUUGGCUACGGGGCCGCUGAAUGCGCAUACCGGAAAGAGAGAAGUGUUCUUUGAGUUGAAUGGAGAGUCUAGAGCAGUCGGCGUUGACGAUAAGGGAGCAGCCGUCGAAAGCGUUCAAAGGGAGAAGGCUGAUCCUGGUAAACCAGGUGAUAUUGGUGCUCCAAUGCCUGGUGUUAUAGUCGAAGUGCGAGUCCAACCCGGAGCCACUAUCAUGGUAGGCGAUCCAAUCUGUGUAUUAUCAGCAAUGAAGAUGGAGACAAUAGUCUCUUCACCGGUCAGCGGAAGGGUUGAUUACGUUGCCGUGAAAGAGAGCGAUUCGAUUAAUGCUGGUGAUUUGAUAAUAAAAAUAGUCAAAGAAUAG